AUGCAGCGCCGGGGCGCCCUGUUCAGCGUGCCGAGCGGCGGCAGGAAGAUGGCUGCAGGGGACCUGGGCGAGCUGCUGGUACCGCACAUGCCCACGAUCCGCGUGCCUAGGUCAGGGGACCGUGUCUACAAGAACGAGUGCGCCUUCUCCUACGACUCCCCGAACUCUGAAGGUGGACUCUAUGUAUGCAUGAAUACAUUUUUGGCCUUUGGAAGGGAACACGUUGAAAGACAUUUUCGAAAAACUGGACAGAGCGUAUACAUGCACCUGAAAAGGCACAUGCGAGAGAAAGUAAGAGCAGCAUCUGCUGGAGCCUUACCCAAAAGGAGGAAUUCCAAGUUAUUUUUAGAUCUGGAUAUGGAUGAUGAUUUAAAUAGUGACGAUUAUGAAUAUGAAGAUGAAGCCAAACUUGUUAUAUUCCCAGACCACUAUGAAAUAGCCCUGCCAAACAUCGAGGAGUUGCCAGCCCUGGUAACGAUCGCUUGUGAUGCAGUGCUCAGCUCCAAGUCGCCGUACAGGAAGCAGGACCCCGACACGUGGGAAAAUGAACUGCCGGUAUCGAAGUACGCCAACAACCUCGCCCAGCUGGACAACGGGGUCAGGGUUCCUCCCAGCGGCUGGAAGUGUGCCCGAUGCGACCUGCGGGAAAACCUCUGGCUGAAUCUGACCGAUGGCUCUGUUCUGUGUGGGAAGUGGUUUUUCGACAGCGCAGGGGGCAAUGGCCACGCACUGGAACAUUUCAGAGACAUGGGCUAUCCUCUGGCCGUGAAGCUGGGCACCAUCACACCUGAUGGGGCAGAUGUUUAUUCUUUUCAAGAAGAGGGACCUGUUUUGGAUCCUCAUUUGGCCAAACACUUAGCACACUUCGGGAUUGACAUGCUUCAUACGAAUGGGACAGAGAAUGGACUCCGGGACAAUGACAUCAAGCCAAGAGUCAGCGAGUGGGAAGUGAUCCAAGAGUCAGGGACUAAGCUGAAGCCCAUGUAUGGACCAGGGUACACGGGCCUCAAGAACCUGGGCAACAGUUGCUAUCUCAGUUCUGUCAUGCAGGCCAUCUUCAGCAUCCCAGAGUUCCAGAGAGCGUAUGUGGGAAACCUCCCAAGGAUAUUCGACUACUCGCCGUUAGAUCCAACACAGGACUUCAACACACAGAUGACUAAAUUGGGGCACGGCCUUCUCUCUGGCCAGUACUCGAAGCCUCCAGUAAAGUCCGAGCUCAUUGAGCAAGUGAUGAAGGAGGAACACAAGCCUCAACAGAACGGGAUCUCCCCACGCAUGUUCAAGGCCUUUGUCAGCAAGAGCCAUCCAGAAUUUUCCUCUAACAGACAGCAGGAUGCCCAGGAGUUUUUCUUGCACCUGGUCAAUCUGGUAGAGAGGAAUCGCAUUGGCUCAGAAAACCCAAGUGACGUUUUCCGGUUUUUGGUGGAAGAGCGCAUUCAGUGUUGUCAGACCCGCAAGGUCCGCUAUACAGAGAGGGUGGACUACCUGAUGCAGUUGCCUGUGGCCAUGGAGGCAGCAACCAACAAAGAUGAGCUGAUCGCCUAUGAACUGAUGAGAAGAGAAGCCGAAGCCAACCGAAGACCCCUUCCAGAGCUGGUGCGAGCCAAGAUCCCCUUCAGUGCCUGCCUCCAGGCCUUUGCCGAGCCAGACAACGUGGAGGACUUCUGGAGCAGUGCCCUGCAGGCGAAAUCUGCAGGGGUGAAAACAUCUCGCUUUGCCUCAUUCCCUGAAUACUUGGUAGUGCAGAUAAAGAAGUUCACUUUUGGUCUUGACUGGGUUCCCAGAAAAUUUGAUGUUUCUAUUGAUAUGCCAGACCUACUAGAUAUCAGCCACCUCAGAGCCAGGGGCUUACAGCCAGGAGAAGAGGAACUUCCAGACAUCAGUCCCCCUAUAGUCAUUCCUGAUGACUCAAAAGAUCGCCUGAUGAACCAGUUGAUAGACCCCUCAGACAUUGAUGAGUCUUCCGUGAUGCAGCUGGCUGAGAUGGGCUUCCCUUUGGAAGCUUGCCGCAAGGCUGUGUACUUCACUGGAAACACAGGAGCCGAGGUGGCCUUCAACUGGAUCAUUGUGCACAUGGAGGAACCUGAUUUUGCUGAACCACUGACCAUCCCUGGGUAUGGAGGGGCUGGAGCCUCUGUAUUUGGUGCUACUGGACUGGACAACCAACCUCCUGAGGAAACUGUAGCUAUUAUCACCUCCAUGGGAUUUCAGCGCAAUCAGGCCGUGCAGGCCCUGCGAGCCACGAAUCAUAACCUGGAAAGGGCACUGGACUGGAUCUUCAGCCACCCCGAGUUUGAAGAGGACAAUGACUUCGUGAUCGAGAUGGAGAACAACGCCAAUGCCAACAUCGUGUCUGAGGCCAAGCCUGAAGGGCCCAGAAUCAAGGAUGGAUCUGGAAUGUACGAGUUAUUUGCCUUCAUCAGUCACAUGGGAACAUCUACAAUGUGUGGCCAUUAUGUUUGCCAUAUCAAAAAGGAGGGACGGUGGGUGAUCUACAAUGACCAUAAAGUUUGUGCCUCAGAACGGCCCCCCAAAGACCUGGGAUACAUGUACUUUUACCGUAGGAUACCAAGCUAA